UGAGGCAUGUUGCAAUGUUUGCUGCCAAUUUCUGCUUUGGAAGGAUUCUCCCAGUCGGGAGAGGAUUUUAGUUGCCUGUGGAGUUUAUGAUGGACAUCUGGCAGGGGGUUCUGUGAGACUGGUCUGGUCUCCUUUAUUUAUGGUAUUUACGCCCCACUCUUCACUGAAUAAUUUCAAUCCCAAAGCGGGGAAUAAAGUAAUAAACAGAGAAAAACAAUAUACAUAAAUUACAAAAUUGUAUAAACAGGUCCAGUAGACAAAUUAACCAGUCUGCCAUCAGGCAAGCAAGCGAAACUGCAAUGAGAGCAAAAAUAAAAGUUUCCAAUUUAAGCAAAUAAAACAUAAACACAGGACAUUCAAACAGAUUCAACCACCAAUGGUCUGAGCCACCGUUCCCACCCCAGUCUUUCAGCUAUGGCAGCCCAGUCACUCUCCCCACUGCGUGGCAUUUGAGCAGCUCCACACCUUCCAUCCCCGCUCUCCAACCCAUCCAAGCGCUUCCCCUGAGUCGUGUGAAUCGUUGCCCUCAAGCAUCAGCAGCAACCCAAUAUGGGUAUAGUGGUUAGAGUGUCGGACUGGGAUCUGGGGAUCCAGGGUUCAAACUCCCACUCAGCCAUGAAGCUUGCUGGGUGACCGUGGGCCAGUCGCAGUCGCUCAGCCUAACCUACCUCACAGGGUUGUUGUGAGGACAAAAUGGAGAGGAAGGAGAUCCAUCUAUGCCGCCUUGAGCUGGAAGAAAGAGCUUAAACCCACAUGAAUGAUGAAGUCCUACUUGGGCAGCUUCAGGCAAAUGCAAGAGCAGCAGGACUCUGGGAUCCACCUUAAGCUUGAGAACGAUGCACCUCCAAAGGCAAAGAAUGCACAAAAUGCAAAGGCUGGGUCCUACGGAGUUAGCAUCCGGGUCCAAGGGAUCGACGGGCAUCCAUACAUCGUGCUCAACAAUACAGAGGGAUAUUUGUCUGACAGUCACUUGGCACCUGCAAAUGGCCAACAGGUUGCACCUGAGGCACUUGAUUGGUCAGCUGUGGACUCUAGUUCUGCUCCUGUACUUGAGAAGAAAAUUGGUGAAGACAUACAGUUUUGGGGAACUUGCAACGUAUCUCCUCCAAGUAUGUUUAAAAGCUUGAAGCAGGCCGGCAUGGAUGAGAGAGAGAACAGCAUCUUGGAUUUCAAAGCUGGGCUGCCCCAGGCCCCCAAUCUCUUAAACUUCCAGAGGCAUCCUGAGCUUUUGCAGCCUUAUGACCCCGAAAAGGAUAUCCUGAAUUUGGAAGGCUUUCAGCCUCCCCCAUUCAGUAAAUCCAAAUCUCUUGCCGAUGAAGAGAAACCGGGUGCCAAACCUUGGAGCUCACCACUGAAGGCUGCAACAUUAGAUAAAACAACCCUCCAGUUUGUAGAAUUGUCCAAACCAAAACCAAAAACUGUGAAUUUGACCAAGUUUAACAUAGGGGAAGACUCAAGCAAGCAGGAAUUGGAAUGCCCCAGCGUGGCUGAUGGUUCUAAUGGAACUCAUGAACCCCAUUCUUCUAGUGGUGGAUCUCCAUCUGCCAUAAGCCCAUCUACCUAUCAGGAAACAAGGAAAUGUAGACCCGACCUCCUUCCUUUCCGCAGGCAAGAUUCAGCAGGAUCAGUCCUGAAUGGCUCACGGCGGUCAUCGACUUCGUCAGCUACUCCAACUUCUGCAGCUUCCUUGUAUAAGUUCUUCCUUGAUGACCAAGACUAUGCCAUCUAUGCUGACAAUGUUAACAGGCAUGAAAACAGAAGGUACAUCCCAUUUUUGCCUGGGACUGGUCGUGAUAUUGACACUGGUUCCAUUCCCGCAGUUGAUCAGCUCAUUGAAAAAUUCGACAGGAAGGUUGGUCCUCAAAGAAGAGGGCGGUUGGGAAUCAGGAAUAGGAUUCAUCCAGAUGAUCGCAAGCGGUCAAGGAGCGUAGACAGCGCCCUACCCAGUGGGUUAACGGUGAAUUCCAGUUGUUUAGCUGAAUAUAGUAAAAGCUUGGUGACGUCAUCCGAGCAUUUACUACAACCCUCAAAAGUUUGCUUUCAGAAGCUGUUAUCUCCAGAUCAAAAGUCAGCAUCUCUUGGAGAACAAGUUGCCCCUCGGACUGUGGGCAAGCUUCCAGCAGCAGCAGCCAUGAGAGAUUCUCCCAAGAGCCAUUUUAAUUCUUUACAAUAUCGUAAGCAAAAUAAAAUUGCUGGUGAGAGUUUGGCUUAUAAGUCAUCCACACUUCCAGUCCAGAAUAAAAAAAAUGAAAAUAAAAUGGUGACUUCCACUCUCUUGUUACCAAACCGUAUUGCGACUCAGAAACUGUCUGUGAAAGCAUUUGCUUCUGCUUCAGAUGCUCAGGUAACUCCUGAUCUGCUGAAGGGCCAACAGGAACUUGCACAGCAAACCAAUGAGGAAACAGCUAAGCAGAUUCUCUACAACUAUCUGAAAGAAGGAAGCAGUGAAAAUGAUGAUGCAACGAAGAGGAAAGUGAACUUGGUAUUUGAGAAAAUCCAGACUCUGAAGUCGAGAGCAGCUGAAAGCUCACAGGUCUCUGAUGCUUCAGCGUCAGUCAAGGUGUUGCUGGAGAAGACAAAGGAGCUGGAACAGGAGGUGUCUGAGCUGCAGAGGAAGCUGGAUUUGGAAGUCAAGAACCAGCAGAACAUCAAAGAGGAAAGAGAGGCAAUGAAGGCAGAGUUGAAAGAGCUUCAGCGGCGGCUUGAAAAGAGCAUGGAGGAAACAGAUGCCUUCAGGAGGCGACUGGAGGAGAGCGAGAAGGAUCUCAGGCAACACCUUGAGGAGCUUUUUCAAGUGAAAAUGGAGAGGGAGCAGCACCAGACGGAGAUCCGGGACUUGCAGGACCAGCUGUCUGAGAUGCACGAUGAGCUGGACAGCACAAAGCAUGCGGAGGAUGGCGAGAGGGAGAUGUUCAUCGAGGAGCUGAUGCAGCUGAAGCAGGAUCUUCAGGACGUCCUGAGGGCCAAAGAGCUGCAGGAAGACGUCCUGCGGAAGCGAGAGCGUGAACUGACAGCCCUGAAGGGGGCUCUGAAGGAAGAAGUCUCCAGCCAUGACCAGGAGAUAGACCAGCUCAAAGAACAGCACGGCCAGGAGCUCCGGACGCUGAGAGAGAGUCUGGAGGAAGCAACAGAGAAAGUGGCUGCACUGUCCAGUGCCAAGGCUGUGGCUGAAAAGAUGCAACGGACUGCCGAAGAUCAAGCGGCAGAGAUGACAGAGCAGAGCCAGCAACUGAAGGGAGCCCUUGCGGAGCUAGAGAAGCAAAGGGAAGGACUCCAGGAAAUGCUGGGGAGCUUGAGGAGGGAAGGAGAAAAAGUGGAAGAAAGAAUCGGGAACCGUGAGAAAGAAAAGCAGCGCUUGGAAGAGGUCCUGCUACAUGUGGAAGAGGAAGGCCAGAAGCUGGCAUUAGCCAAAGCGUUUUUGGAAGCCCAGUUGGAGGAUGCACAGAGGGACGUCCACCAGCUGAACCAGGAGAAGCAACAGUUAACUGACCGGCUGAAAGAUGAAGCCAACCAGAAGGAUCAGUUAAAGAGAAUGAAGAGGGAAUUGGAGACUGAGAGGUGGCAACUGGACAAGACCAUUGAGAAGUUACACAAGGAGAUGGCAGAGAUUGUUGAGGCUUCGCAGACAUCGACACUAGAACUCCAGAACCAGCUUGAUGAAUAUCAGGAGAAGAAUCGCCGGGAACUUGCCGAGACACACAGACAGUUGAAAGACAAAAACGUGGAGCUAGAAAAGGCCCGCCUGGCAGUGCUCAAGAUGCAGGAGGAGGUGCGUUUUAUGGAGGAAGAAUUACGGGAUCACCAGAGAGCCCAAGACGAGGCUAGUACAAAAACUCAACUUCUAGAACAGACUGUGAAAGCCCUGGAAUAUGAACUGGAUGCCAAAAACCACUUGAAAGAAGACCGAGCAAGACAAACCAAGAUCAUGGAGGACAAGAUGUCCCAGCUGGAAUUCGAGCUUGAAGAGGAACGGAACAAUUCGGAUAUCUUGUCUGAAAGGAUCAGCAGGUGCAGAGAGCAGAUUGAGCAAAUGCGGAGUGAACUCCUUCAGGAAAGGGCUGCAAGGCAAGACUUGGAGUGCGACAAGAUUUCCUUGGAGAGGCAGAACAAAGACAUGAAAAGCCGGAUCCUUCACCUGGAAGGCUCUUACCGGUCUAGCAAAGAAGGCCUUCUGGUUCAGAUGGAAGCCAGAAUCAUGGAACUGGAGGAGCGGCUGGAGAACGAAGAGAGGGAUCGGGCCAACUUCCAGCUGAGUAACCGCCGGCUUGAAAGGAAAGUGAAGGAGCUCAUGAUGCAAGUGGACGAUGAGCAUCUCUCCCUGAUGGAUCAAAAGGACCAGCUGAGCUUGCGUUUGAAAGCCGUGAAACGCCAGGUGGAGGAAGCAGAAGAAGAAAUUGACAGGCUCGGGAGCACCAAGAAAAAGCUUCAGAGGGAGCUGGAAGAGCAGGUUGACUUGAAUGACCAACUGCAGGGGCAGCUGAAUGCAGUGAAAAAGGAACUCAGCAGGCACAAAAAGACCUCAAGUAAAAUGCUAAGUGACCUCGAUGAGGACGACUUCAGCACUGAUGCAGAGAGUCUUUUUGAAGCACCUUCAGGAUUUAAAUUCUUCAAGGAUGAUGAUAUCAAAAGCUAAAAAUGCAGCUGUCCCGUGAGUUAUGGAUGCUCAGCCUUAAUUGUUGAAAGCGAGGAGCCACAGACUCUAGAAGCCAAUGGCUGCAGGAAUGUUGAUGCAUUUAUAUUUCUCUCCAGGCUGUGCCAUUUUCGGACUUCAGAUAUUUCAGAAAUAAAACCCUAAACUUGAAGGACUUGCUUUCCAGAUCCCAAGUGCCAGAGAUGCUUGCAACCAUGGAAAGUGUACUGUUAAGUUAAGGUGAAGGUUCCCAGCAAAAACAGGAUUGUUGCUAAAUAUUCUGUUCUAAGGAGACAGUGUUCUGCUUCUAAGUGGGGCUGUGCUGGAUCUGUCUAUCAUGGAUGCUACACAUUUAAAAGAGAGAGGAAAAGGUGUAUUUAACUGAUGUACAUGUUUUAAAUUAGACAUUUUAAUGGACCACUCUAGUGCUAUUUUUGUAAAGCUGUCUUUUAUAGAGCACGUGCAGAGUGCUGAAAUCUGUAUUGAACUAUCAUACUAUUUUUAAACUUUAAAAAGCCUGUUACAUUCCAUGUGUUUAGUGAGCAAAUUUUUAGGUCUCCAGGCAAGUAGGAUGACUCAGUGGGAAGGCUGGAAAAGCUUUUCCUCACAGGGCUCUGUAGAACAUAAAGGACGAGAUGCAAGCCAGCAGCAUUGUACCCUGCUAGUCAAAUCCCAGUCUUAGGUCUGCCAUGGUUUUAACAUGUGUAAGGAUACACAAACAGUGCCUUCCAUAGAUCAGUUAGGAAGCUGCUGUUUGCAGCUUCAGUGAAGAAGACAAUUUUGAGAGCUGAGUCUGCAACCCAGGAGCAAUGACCUCAGCAGGGAUGAGCUCCCAAGGAUCCCAGGCAAGGCUUUCAUGGCACUUGGAAGCACAGCAGCAGUCUGUGGGUGGGGGGAUCUUGAGCCUGUCUUCCAUCUCAGCCCUCCUGCCAUUUGUGAAAACUGCCUGUUGAGAGAAAAGGUGCUCCGGUGGGUUUGCAACUUUUUUUUCCUCAGCAAGGCCUCCUGUUUUCUUUUUUCAAUAAUUUUUAUUCAAAUUUUCAUAAAACAUACAAGACGAAAUCAUAAAACAUUCAAAGACAAAAAACAAAAUCAAAAAUAGUUAAACAAAAAAAAAAAAAAAAAAAAACAAAAAUAAAAAUAAAAAUAAAAAAUAAAGAGUAAAAUAUUGACUUCCCAUUUGUCAAAGAUCAGAUCAGUUAUAAGUCUAUAAUAUAUAACAAUCCUGUCUCUUAAGUCAUAUUAUAAAAUCACUUUCCUCCAAUAGUUAUCUUACUUAAUCAUCAAAUCUCAUAAACAUUACUUUAUUCUUUCCACAAAAAGUCAAAGAGAGGCUUCAAUUCUUUAAGAAAUAUAUCUAUCAAUUUUUUUUUUCCAGAUAAGCAUAUCAAUUAAUCCAUCUCAUUACUAAUUAUGAUAAUCUUAUUGUCAUAACCAUAGUCAAAAUAAACAUUUCAAUUAAUCCAUCACAUCAGAAUCUGUUAGGUUCAGUAAUUUCAGUAGCCAUUGUUCUAUUAUCCCUAUUAGUUCCAUUUUCCAUCUUCCAUCUUCAGUAGUCUUGUUAAGUCCAGUAAUUUCAGUAUCCAAUCUUCCAUUAUCAGUAUUCCAUAAUAAUCUUGCUGUCAAAGCCAUAGUCAUAUAGUAAGAGUCUGAUGGGAAUUACCUCUAUCCCAAAUAUUUUCUUGCCAUCCAUUCUGAAUAGGUUGCUGAAAUACUGCUGUAAAAUCAUAUCUCUGUUCUUUUUUUCAAAAUACACUGGGUCAUCUCUUGAAAGUUUUUCCAUUGUUACAUGGCUGCAGUUAAUUCCAUAAAUUUUCUCUAUAUUGGACUCCAUCACAUCAUUCCAGUCCAGAAGAUUAUCCAUGCCAUUGAUAACUUUAUCUCUAGAAUCUUCAUUAAUUUCUUCAGAGAUAACAUUGAGUUCCAAACAAUAGAUUUUAUUUCUAAAGUCCAUAGACUCCAAAUCUUUUUCCUGUUCCACGUUUGUUCCAAUCUCCGGGGUCUCCUCUCUCACAGGGACCCCUGUUCCAGUCUCCAGGGUCUCCUCUCUCACAGGGACCCCUGUUCCAGUCUCCAGGGUCUCCUCUCUCACAAGGACCCCUAUGUCUUUAAUCUCCUGUGUCUCCAAACAAUAGAUUUUAUUUCUAAAGUCCAUAGACUCCAAAUCUUUUUCCUGUUCCACGUUUGUUCCAAUCUCCGGGGUCUCCUCUCUCACAGGGACCCCUUCCAGGGUCACCUCUCUCACAGGGACCCCUAUAUCUUUAAUCUCCUGCGUCAUUUUACUCAAUUCAAUUUUCAGCUCCUUACAACCCUGUCGCAGGUUUUGUUUCGUUAUCUCAAUCUCAUCCAUUAUUUUCUGAAACAUAGUUAUUUCCAGAUUCUCAGCCACUUUCUUAAUUGCCAUUUUAAAAGAAAAGUAUAGGAAAACCACUUCUUAUUUCAGCAACAAUUGGGUUAAUACUCCAAACUUGGUGACAUCACAGUAUAAACAGAGCAGACAGCCUUAUCUCUCCAUAGUUAAGUAAACAAAAUGCAGUUCCCAGGAUCGAAACAAUUAAUGGCAGUCGUCAGAAAACAGAUUCGUCAAAAUAAAAUAGACCAAAAAGAGAGUAGUCUCAGACAAUAUAAUAUUCUUCAAAAUAAAAAUCUGGAAUAGAAAUCCCUCUUCUGUGUAUAUCUUUAGAAUGCAAAUCCAGGACAGCUUUUUGCAACAAAAACAGAGAUAAGCUAUUAAUUAGUGCGUAGCAGAGAGAAGUUAUGGCUCCCCAGUGAGAUGUCAAAAACCGAUCAAUCUGGCAAAUCUCUUUUAAACAGCAACAAUUUAAGUCAAGUAAAAGAAAAAUAUAGAAAGAAGGGUGCUUGCCUGUUAGUGCGUUCUCUCUUAGAAGAUAAGAUGAACGUUCGCUUUAACAGAUAGAGCUUGCUGUUGAAAAUCCGUCCCACCUUCGUCGGCUGGACCUCGUCCCAUAAAUUAAUGAGAUCUGGUCGUCCCAACAAAAAUAGGCUUUGAGGUUAAUCUCUUCGUUUCUCCCUACCCGGGAGAAGUUUAAUCAGUCAAAAAAAAAAGAAAAAACUGACUGAUAUAUCUGAAUAAGCUUCUUUUGAGGCAGGAGCCCGUCUCAAAAGCAGGCACAGGCUAAGUCACCCUUCCCGGAAGUGAGCAAGGCCUCCUGUUUUCAAUUGGCUCUGACCCAGCCAAGCCCUUAUGCUCAAGGGAAGCAAACAGUGUGAUCGUCUGCUAGAAUCCCUGGAGCUCAGACUCGGGCCAGAGGCAGCCUUUCACCAAAAGCUGAAACGGAUCAUUUUGUGCAUAAUGAUUUACUGAAUAUUCUACUGUGGUGGGCUACAAAGAACUGCACAAUAAGCACAUAAGUAACGAUGCCAUUCUUCCCUCACCUCCAUUUUGUUUCAUGAAUUUCAUCCACUUGCCUCCAUAAAGAUGCUUUUCUGUGCACUGGGAGUGGCUAACCCAUGGCCUUCCAGAUGUUUUUGGACUGCAUCUUCUAUCUUCCUGGACAAUUGGCCGUGCUGGCUGGGGCUGAUGGGAGUUUUAUGCCAACAGCAUCAGAAGGGGCACAGUUUAGCUAUCCCUGGUGUGCACUGUGAAAUUUAAAAAAAAAAAAAACCCCAAAAGGUUGCAUUGCAAUAGUGUAUUGUUUAUAAAAUGUAGCAGGCUCAUUCUUUAAACAGCUACACUGAUGUAGGCUGAAUUAUAUGAGAAUGUGGCAUUAAUGAGGACAUUAUAUUAGGUAGGUAGUUUUUAGGAGUGAAUGAAUUUUGGAACACUUGUUUAAAAUGUUGAGAAUGAGAUCUAGUUGAAUGCUGCCUGGUUGCAACAAAAACAUCUCUAAGAGAAUAUUUGGAAUUCUCAGUAACUUCAGUUAUAAAAAAGAAAAUCUUGGGAGCAAUAAAAUCUGCACUUUUCUGCAAAGGCCUGCGUAUGGGUCCAGAGUUGGCAGUUUUGAGGGGAACAAGGUACCCUUACUUUUAAUGGGUAAGGAACCCGUUCUGAUGAAGGAGACUAUGCACCUGUACUGGAAUGUGUAGAGCAGUGUGUGUGUGUAGCUUGAGAACACAACUUUAAAUAAGAACAGCCCCAGAAGGGGCUGCCUUGGGCCUUGCAUCCAAAUAAUCAGCCCUCCAUAAUGCCUUCCAGGAAAGUGGGCGGGGGGCAUCAGACCAUAUAUGUUGUGUUUGGGUAUCUAAAUCUGCAAAGCCAAGUCCAGACUCUGAGAGCCAACUACUAUUGGUGGUCCCUGAGCACCAGUUGGGUUUUUUGGAGGGUUGCAGCAGCUGACCUUGGUUGUAGCCGGAUGUUGCACAUGCUGGCUAAAAGUUCCCGGGGCAACUAGAGGCUUCAAGAGGACUGGAACUAGGGCACCAUGGAGGGUUGAAGAAUCUUAAAGCACUCAGGGAUGGCUUUCCUAGGAGUCAAGAACAGGUGGAUAUUUGGUUGGCAGAGAAGACGGAUUGCUCUCCCUCAUAGGGGACCAGCCAUAGGGAAUGGAGAGGGACCAUAGCUCAGUGGAAGAGCAGGUGCUUGGUGUGCAGUAGGGCCCAGGUUCCUCCCUGAGCAUCUCGGGUCUGCUAGGAAAGACACUUGCCUGAGAUGUUACAGAGUCACUGUUCACUCGAGUAGAUCAUAGGAAGCUAGAGGGACUCAAUACAAGGCAGCUUCUCCUCCUCCUAUAGGUUGGUUAUUCUGUGCAUUGAAGUGAAUGGGAACGAUGAGAGAGCACAUUGCCUCAUGUCAAUGAGGACUGCACAGGAGGCAUCCCCAGUGGAUGGUGCCCAGCAUGAGUGAGAGGUAGGUUGGCAUGUGGGCUUUCCCACCUUGCUCACCAAAGAGAAAUCUGCCUUCACUGGCGAAUAGGAAUGACCUGUGCCACAGGUGUGCAUGAUUUCCAGCAGGCGUCCUGCCUGCUGCCAAGGAACCUCCUUUUCAGCCGCCUCCUCUCUCCCAGUCCAUCGGUGUCAGUGGGAGGCCGUAGAGGGAAGGUUGCACCAUCUUGCAACAGCAUUUUCAGAAAGGAAAAAGAGCCUGGAAAGUCUCUUGUGUUGACAAUCAAUUGAAACAACCUCUUGUAGCAUUUUUGUUUUGAAACUAUAGUACAUUUUCAUGUUUAGUUUACACUGUGGUGUUCAGCUUUCUUUCCACAAUCUGCCUUAACAAGUACAGGGCAGAACCCACUGGGCGCUCUCAUGCACAGGCCUCUUCAUUCCAAGGACUCGUGCAAGAGAAACGUCCUUGUGGAUUCUGCCCAUGAACUGAUUCACUUGAGCCAUCUGUUGGUGUCAAAUACUUUUUGCAGCUACCUUCAGAUAUGCUUAAACUGUAAAAGACAAGUCAUUUUGAAAUAAAAUUACAUUGGCUAAACCUCA